AUGGCGGCCGACCGCACGGUGUUCCGCCUGCGCCGCCCCGGGGACGGCGGCGGCGGCGGAGGUGCAGACCGGCGCGGCAAGGAUGACGCUUGGCGCCUGACAGCUGACCUGGGCGGAGUGGGGCCAGACGACUUCGCGCUGGACCUCAACGCCGGCGAGGUGCGCAUCUCGUUCGCUUCUGCGGCGGGGCCGCGGCCGCCGCUGUCCUUCCUGCUGCCGCCAGGGGUGCCCCUCAUCGACGUGCCCUCGGCCACGUGCCACUUCUCGCGCCAGCGCGGGCGCCUGACGGUGUCGUGGGCGGCCCUGGCCCCGGCCUCCUCCAGCGGCGCGCCAUGUCAAGGGACGAGCGGGGUGGCGGUGGGGGGCCGUCCCGGCUCCACGGCCGAGGACUCGCUGGACGAGCGGAUCGCCGCCCUCGCGGAGGAGUGCCGUGGCCUGACGGGCGCCCCCGCCGCCAGGCGCGGGGACUCCGACGAGCGCUUGGUGGGCGCGGUGGCCGCACAGGUCGCCCGCCUCCACGACGGCGGUGCUGACCCGGAGCACCUAGCGUCCGUGGUCAGCACCGCGCUGCAGUGCACGGGCCGCGCGGCGGACCCUGCGGAGCGGUCGCGGCUGCUGCUGCAGGUCGGGCACGCGCUGGAGGGCAAGGUGCCAGAGCUUCGAGCCAACUGCUACGAGAUGGCCGUCGAAGUGCUGGAGGGGGCCUCCGCCGCGUCGCCGCUACUGCAGCCGGAGGCGUGCCUCUUCGCGGCAGGAGCCAAUGCCGGGCUCGGCAUGCACGAGGCGGCUGAGGUGCUUCUUCGGCACGGCCUCCAGGCUCUUGCAUCCAAGCGUGAUGUGGGCGAGGGUGCUACCUUGCUGCGCGCGAGGAUCCACGCGAGCCUGGCUGACGUUCUCUCGAGGAUCCGCCCAGAGGAGGCCGAGGCGCACCUGCAGGCAGCGCGUGAGGCCUGCGCGACCGAGGAGGGGCGCCAGGCGGAACGGCUGCAGCGAGCAUCGGUCGCCUUCGCGGCCCCGUCUGGCGCGGAGCGCCUGCCGGUGCGCACGUACUCGGUGGCGGACGGCGAGCGGCAGGUCUCGGUCCGCGUUCCGCUGGACGACGGCCUCUACCCGGGCGCCGCCUCGGCGGUGUCGAGCGCCGCUGGCCACCUGCGCGUGGAGUUCGACCCUGGUUCGAGCACGGCGGUGGAGCUGCACAUCGCGGCGCCCAGGGCGCCGGGCGCGGCGGGCGUGGCCUGCUGGGUACUGCGGCUCGCGCCCCUGCGCCAUGCCGUCGUGCCCGGUGCCGCCGAGGUGCAGCUCAGGGCCGGCCGUGCGGAGCUGCGGCUGCUCAAGGAGGAGGCUGGCCCCUGGCUCAACGGCCUGUUGCGAGAUUGA